GAUUUCUAGAAUAUUCAACACCUAUAUGAACGUCAUUAUGCUAAUAUCUUAUCGAAUUCAUAUUUACAUAAUUCAUCAGAUCAAGCACUAUCUUAAUGAGGUAAUCUAGGCAUAAGGCGAGGUAAACCACUUUCGCUAUCGAUUGCCUGUCAAAAGCUUUAAAUUCUCAAGUAAACCUGGCGGACGAUGAUAUACGGUAGCCUACCCCAGCGUUCUGAGUUUUACGUAAACUACGGGAGACUGCACAAGUCGAACAACUAAUCGGACUGUACUACUGCAAUGCACGAUUAUCUGGUUAAUAAAACUUUUGAAGCAACAAGUAAACAUAUAUUUCAUUCCAAAUCAUCUCGGUAAAGGGAGCGCAGCGCGGUCGCUUACAUCUAACAACUAACAUUUCAAAAAGAACACUGCAUUGUGGAGCAAGUGCGUAAACGUCAUCACCGAUGGGAGAGAUGGAUGUACAUACAUAUGACGAACCUAUGUAUGUUGGAAAAGGAAGUGAUGACUGUGCCACUGUAUCCGUUAUCCGAAGUGACAGUAACGCACGAGUUAACGUAAAGGAACGUCACACCAUCGCGAAUACGUCAGACUCCUGCAUAAUACAGUCAAACAACAAACUGUCAAAAGGAUCUCCUGAUAAAGAUUCGACAAGUAAAGAUAUACGUGACAUCGGAUAUACAAAAGAACAUCGAUUGGCAGGGAAAAGAGUCCAUAUUGAAAAUCACAACACUAUAAACAGCAUACUGCGAUCGGGACCAACCAGUUCUGAAAAUAGAACUAGUAAAAGCGAAGAGAGAAUAUUAUUCUCACCAACUAUCGGGAAAUCGCAGUGCCGAUGUAAUAUUACUUCACAAUCAUCCCCAGUUUCGACGGAGCGGGAUUUUAGGAUAAGAAAAAGAGUUUUCCGUAUAACGCCGAGGCCUUACGUCCCUGACCCCGCUGUGAACCGGAACGAACCGCGCCAGCCUAAUCCAUCGAACAACGUAAAAGGGCGUGGACAUAUUUGUAAAACUAACAGCGGGACCUGUAACGUAAAUUCCACUGACACCUCCCCCGGCCCAAUACAAAACUCGUUAUUUAUUGAAAGAACGUUAAUAAAUGACAAAACGACAUUAAAAGAACAAACUCAUACGUCACAGCCCUUGUGUGAAGACAGUAUUUCAUGCAAAGCAAAUAUUUCCCAAAAUAGAACGCACAAAAAGAUCGAUAGCCCACUUUGUUAUGAAGCGCCCCCGACUGUUGACUUAACAUCUAACAACAGGCUCACGCACACAUACACCAAUUCACACAGCGCAAACCGAGUUACGUCAAACGUAACGGGCGUAAUAGACCAAUCCUGUUGUGACGCGACCACAUUAGUGGUUCGGAAAACCUCAGUUUCGAAGCUUUAGAAAGGCGUCCGAUCGACAAAACCGUAAGUACGGAACGGAGCAAAAUGGGAAACACGCCUCCACGGCGUUUACAACAGAGCGAUCCUAUCGGCAAUAUCAGGAAUAGCAAACACUCGUCCGCAAGUGCCACACCGCCUUCUGCUAACGAACAGCGACAAAAGGAGGACGACGAUUCAGUAUCAAAAUCGCAGACUUGCACAAUACCAGCAUUAAUCGUCAGCGAUUCAAGCCUCGAUCAAGAUAUGGAAGAAUUGUCAUUAAAUGAGAAAGACUUUACGACGAGCAAUAAAUCUGAGUACGAUACACGCACGAAUAUCAACGACGUCUUAGAGGGUGCAACAACGUCCAACCACUGGUGGAAAACCGCUUUGAAGACCUCAUAUAAGUUCGGAUAGCGCUUACAGUUCCGACUCGAGGUGUACCUCAAUGGAUAGUGCGUCUGAUCCAUCCGGUCGGGUGGACGAUUCGGAGUUUUGUUAUCAGGAGAAUUCGUCGUCACUUCUGUCGCCGGAUAAUAAAUCACCUGAUAUAAAAUCAAUAUCCUCAUCUUCUUCUUCAUCAUCAUCGCCAUCUCAUCCUGCUCUUGCAACUUCCGUCACUUCCAACGAUUCAACAUUGCGUGUUAUGAGUGAAUAUGGUCUGCAAAGAAAAUUAUCGUCGUCUUCCGGAUCGUCAUUCCGAUCUUCCCUCUCAUUUGAAGAAUCCGAAGACGAUAUGCUCAGCAGCGACGGCGAAAGCUUUAGGGAACACGCUGUCCACAAAGGACGUAGACAGAGCAAAGCGCAAAGUUCGUGGACGAAAAUAAGGCGCAUGGUCAUUUGGUCACCUUUUAUGCAAUCAUUCAAAAAGAAAUAUCCUUGGGUACAACUUGCCGGCCAUGCAGGGAAUUUUCAACCAGGAGAAGAGGGCUGUAUCUUGAAGAAAUUUUGUUCAAGAGAAGCCGAUUGUCUAAAUAAAUUAUCCACUGAUAAUGCAUUAAGACCGUUUGCACCUGAAUAUCAUGGAAUAGUAGAAAAAGAAGGAGAAAAAUACACGAGAAUGCAGGAUUUAUUACUCGCAUACGAUUGCCCCAGUGUGAUGGACUGCAAAAUGGGAGUACGAACCUAUCUCGAAGACGAGCUCGUGAAAGCAAAGAUAAAGCCAAGAUUACGUCAUGACAUGUACGCAAAGAUGACUGAAAUUGCACCAGAGGAACCAACACAAGAAGAACACGAACAAAGAGCUGUUACAAAACCACGAUACAUGCAAUGGAGGGAACACGUCAGUUCUUCAUCAAAUCUUGGCUUCAGGAUUGAAGGAAUAAAGAAAGCCGACAACGAUCCGAGUAAAGAUUACAAACUGACGAAAACAAAAGAACAAGUUAAAAACGCUUUUAAAUAUUUUAUCGACGACAAUAUUGACGUGUUGGAAAAAUACAUAAAAAGGUUAAAAGAUGUCAGGGACGCAGCCGAAAAAUCAGAAUUCUUCAUGUCUCACGAGGUAAUUGGAAGUUCACUUCUCUUUGUUCACGACAAAACCGGAAUUGCCAGUGCGUGGAUGAUAGAUUUCGGUAAAACUUCACAACUUCCGGAUAAUAAGAAAUUAACGCAUAGAGAGGAAUGGAUAGAAGGAAACAGGGAAGAUGGCUAUCUCUUUGGACUUGAUAACCUCAUUGGUAUAUUUGAAGAAAUUUGCAAGGAGUUGAUGUCAGAUUCUGUCAAUAUAAUACAAUCAACGGAAGUAAACGGUAAUCAGGAACCGACGUCGAACGACGUAAAUGAGAGUGAUAACAACGAGCAAAGCAGGCUUCCUGGAUCACCACUAACGUUGACACUUUCAAGUCAAUCAUCUGCCGAGAGUGUCGAGUCCUCGUCUUCCCAACCUCAAGAUGGACCGACGGACGACAUUGCGUCAACACAAAACAAUACAAAAGAAAACACGCGCAAACCACCUUUAAAACGUCAAACGGCGUCUUCCGAACCUGACGCAUGUCAUCAACCAACUUUAGCAACCGAUCCCGUGACUGAUAACAUCACAAACGACGCAAAAAACGUAAACACCGACGUUGCAAAUGGCUCUGUCGGAACUAUAAACGAUAUAAAGGACGAUUCACACCUGGAUGAAUCGAGGGGUCCAGGUACAACAUGAUUACCCCAAUCUCUUCCCUACAAGUGGGUAGUUGAAAAUCCAUGGGGUCUACGUACUCCGUGCCUCAAAGCUUUCUAGGAGUGUGUCAGGCAAUCCACUGUCCUUACAACAGUACUCACACAGAUAAUAUUGAACCGAAUCACAUCACUAACAAUCAUGCAUGAUCUCAUUCUAUGUUGAUCGUCGGUUAUUGAGUGCACUAAUUUCCGGCCUAGCAAAAGUAUGGGCUUGACUUAGGUUUUCGUGCACUUCUUGCUGAAGGUCUUUUCUAUGUCUCAAGGCCAAGAACUAGACAAAUCAUUUGUUAAUUAGAAUGAUUUCUAGACCAAUAGCCCAUCAACAAAAACAGCGAUGGGCCUGUUAGUCAACUAAACAGCAAUUUCAUUAAUCUAUUCAGGUAUCUUUUCAGGCAAAUUCGGCAAUGAUCUAUCUCGUAAUAUAUCGUGUCUGCUUGUAAUAUAAUGUUGGUUGUAAAUUGUAUUGUUAACGCUGCAAUGCCUUCACUUGAGCUGUUUAUUACACCAUAACUCGGAAAGCUAAUUAUUUAUCUUUUAAUGUCCAAUAUCUCAUAACGGUACAAUGUGUACGUUACUUUAUCACCAGAUUUCACAACAUUCGAAUCGCCAUUAUUUUCUCAAUUACCUAGAAAUGUGUUGAUUUUCAAACUGUAAAUCAUAACCACUUUGAUUCGUGGCGGAGUCGGCCAUGUUUUGUCCAGGAAUUUCAACCCCCAAGAUAUUUUGAAUCGCACACUCUCGCUACAACGUUUCGGCUGACAAAACUUCAAUAUUUUCGGACAACAGACUUCGCUUUUUUUUUUAACUUACAGAACAGUUCGAUUUGGGCUACAAAAUUCGCGAUUUCUUAUCAAUCGUUGCUUCCUGUAUUUCUGGAAGACAAAUUAUAAACUAUAUCUUGGCAAAUAUCGAAUUACACAUACAGAUUUGUUAUUACAGCACCCGGUCGGUAAAUGGAGAUUUUAUUUAAGUUGGCUCGUGUAUAGGUCGAAGUUGUCAACAUAUAUAGAUGGAUACUCCACAUGGGCAAGUCGAGUUACACUGCAUUUUGCAGACAACUUUUCAAGGCCCAUAGUCGUUCAUAUUCUUUUGAUUGUCGCAUCAUAAUAGGGCAAUUUUCCGAUUUCUUCAAAUUCCAUUUCUUCUGUUAUCUUACUUAUCGAUUUUAUCAUUUUGUUAGUCAUUGUUUUAUCAAUUAUCUUUACUUUAUUAUUAUCUUGUGCACGAAUCUAUUUAUCGUUUUAUUUUAUCUGUGGCUUGCCGUUACAGAUAAUAUCAUGUUAUUUGUACCGGUGUUGAUUUAUCAUCCGCUGUUGCCGUGUUUAUCAUCUUCUUCUUGUUAUUCUCUCUUAUCUCAUUUUAUCGUAUCGUUAUCGUGUGCACUCAAAAUCAUGAUUUGUUAUCAGACUAAUGAUUAUCAAAUUCUUGAUGAAA